GUAGCAAUACAGAUAAGAGUGAUUUUAGUAUUAUUCGAUUUCGGCUUUUUAACUUUGACCGAACUCGAAACCCCAGAAACAGAGAGCACGAAUCACAUCGAAGCAUCGAGAUCUCUAACUAACUCCCAUGUCAAUCUCCACACCGUCGGAUCACGUAACCCAACCCGGAUCUAUCCCCGGCGACUUCCCUCCCGACCCGCUUCUCUCCACCGGCUCCUUCAUCUCCUCCCCCACCCCCGCCGCCGACGGAGCCCUAGGAAGCAGCGCGACGCAGCCGCCGGUUCAGGGAGGAAGCGAAGCAAUCGGGAUGUCAGAUCAGGUGAAUCCAUCGCCGGCUAACUCGGAAUCGAAGUCGCGGAAGCGUUCGGCGCCGUUAGACAACAGCUGGCUGCCACCUGGCUGGAGAGUCGAAGAUAAGGUUCGAGCCUCCGGCGCUACAGCUGGUUCCGUGGACAAGUACUAUCUCGAACCAAUCACAGGACGUAAGUUUCGGUCCAGGACCGAAGUACUCUACUACUUGGAACAUGGAACCACCCCUAAGAAAGGAAGCAAGAAAGCAAAGAACACUGGUUCCAGUUCAGACCAUUUGGAAGGCAAAGGAAGGAACAAAUCCAGUAGAAAGGUUAAAGAGACGCCGGCAUUGCCGCCGUUGAACUUUGAUUUUGAGAAUCCACCAGAGGAGGUAAGCUGGUGUAUGGGAAACGCAGGAGAAGAAGCUUGGACACCUUUUGUUGGGGAGGGCAAGGUUCAAGAUUCAGUGAGACGAGAUUGGUGCACUGCGUUUACAGUUAUCACUACCAAAAACCCAAGUAGAUGAUUGAUUACAAGGUGGCGAUUUUUUUGGGUUGUUGCAUGAUAUGAUUGCAUCUAUUAUAAGAUUAACGGAGAGUUGUAGGGUUAUUUUGACUGGGUGAUUUUUUUUUUUUGCUUAGUAUUCACAUGAUUUUAGUCAAGUUGUACUGUAAUAUGAUAAUGGGAUAUACAUAUCUGUGUUUGCCUUUGACAAGUUAUGGACAUCAUUUUUUGACUAGUAAAAGAUGAAGACUUUAUUUA